UUUUUUUUUUCUCUCUCACUUUUCUCUUUUCUUUACAUCAUUUUAUUUUCUUUUUGCUAUCUUUUUCACUGAACAAAAGAAAAAAGCAAUGGCAGAUCUAGGUUUUUAUGACUUUUCAGACAAACGAGAUGAGCAAGAAAGGAACAACAAUAUGAAAGAAACAAUAGCAGUAGCCAUUGUAGCACAUACCGAGGAAAGCAAAGAUCAUAAUGAUAUAGCGGUACUUGAACAAGACAGUCAGAACGAAGACCAACUUCCGCCUUACACAGAACAAGACCAGUCUGUAGUUUUACUUCAGGGUACUGAAUAUCAACAAAGCAAGAGAGAAGUCAUUGAUAAUUUUGAUCUCUUCCAAAACAAUGAAUCAAUCAUGACAGCAGAAGAUGCAACAUCAUCGAUUACAGCAGGCGGAGAGGAUAAAGAAGAGGAAGAAGAGGAAGAUCUGUUAAUGAGUAGUCUAUUACUUUCUCCUUUAGAGAAACUCGUCAAGUUUAGCCAGAGUGCCCUCGUCUUACAAAGGUUGGUUGUGGCACGAGAAAUUUCAGCUUUGCUUUCUGAAGCUAGUGCUCAAGAAGCAGUGAAUUUAGUAUUGCCCAUCAUUUUUCGACUAAGCAUAGAUACAGAUGAUGCAGUAAAAGAGUCCCUUGCUGGAGAGUUGGAUAAGAUCAUGCAUUUUUACUAUAUGAAUGCACCACCCUCAUUCAACAAAGAAGAUGACAACAAGCCACAUAUGCCACAAAAUACCUUUGCGCCCAUGAUCAUUGAUUUUCUAUUGGAUCAAAAUACUACCCUUGCUUCCAUCACACAACAAUCGGUAGUUGCAGUUGCAACAGAAUUAGCAGACACACCAAAAGACUCGGAUAGAUAUCGGCUUAAUCAUGACAUUUUGAACUAUGAAAUCUUUGAUGGUAUUGUAGUACAAUUGAUCCACAUUUUCAAAGGCAAAGAGACAAAGGAAGACGAAGAAGAGGAGGGAAUAACCGGGAAAGAUUCUCCUACGAUUACGCCAGACACUUUGGUCACUAAUAAUAGCAGUAUUCAAUUAAACGGUGUUAAAGACACGACAAACAAGGCUAAGAAAGAAGAGUUGAUUACAAACAACGAUCUUUCUAUCGAGAUUUCAUCUGGUACAAAUGUCUUACUAAAGAAUUAUGACAAUGGAGGAGUAAAUCUUGCCAAAAUGAGUUGCUUGAUGCUUGUGUCAGCAUUAGCUCAAGCAUUCGGUUCUAAUGAAUUCACAGAACAAGUGCUGCCUAUAAUUGAAAGCUUAGUGGCUGAUUCUAUGCUAUAUGUUAGAAAAGAAGCUGCUGCUGCUAUAGGAAAUGUUGCACUUGUUGCACCUCCUUCUGUUGUUGUUAAAAGACUGUUGCCCCUCUAUCUGACUUUAUCAGUGGAUACAAUUUGGCAUGUAAGAAAAUCAUGUGUAUUUACCUUACCACUUUUGUGUGAAGCGCUACCUUAUGAAAUCAAAAAGAAAGUUGCAGUAGACAGUGUUGAAUUGUUCAAGAACGAUGCUUCUAGAAAUGUACGCAACUCACUAUCGGAUAUUAUGGGUGAACUUAUAUCCAAGUUUCUGCCUCCUGACUGGAAAGAAACUGGCCGUUCUGGUGAUGUGCCUAAACCGCUUUUAGAAUUCUUUAUAUCUCUAGGAAAUACCACGGUGUCAAAUGCCAAUCAAAUGUUCAAAGUUGAUACAGAGCGUAUUCACAGUUGUGCUUACAAUUUUCCUGCUGUGGUCUUGACUGCUGGUCGAGACUAUUGGGAUUCACACUUUAAAGAUACCUAUUUGGUACUGACAAAAAAUUACCAACUCAAGGUGAGACGCACAUUCGCUUAUUCAUUACAUGAAAUUGCGCGAGUUAUUGGGCCCGAAAGAACAGAACGCGAUCUUGUACAGAUAUUUGCUUUGUAUUUGAUGGACUUGGAUGAUGUGAAGCAAGGUGUGCUGGAGCAUUUGUUUGAUUUUCUAAGUGUGUUGGAUGUCAGCUCUAGAAACGAAUAUAUUCCUAUCUUGGCCGAAGUCUGGGAUGGUGUCAUGAACAAUUGGCAUUUGAGAAAUAUUCUUACAAGCCAGCUUCGAGAUAUUGCUAUGCUUUUUGAUGCAUCUCGAGUGGUAGAACAUAUCCUGCCUUUAGCUAUCAGAACAUGCCAUGAUGAAUAUGCCGGAGUAAGAGAAACUGGUGUGGAUAUUUUUCCUACUAUUCUAGAUAUUGUCAAAAGAACUGUGGAUGAAGGAGGCGAGAAUCUGUCAUUUAUCGGGGAUGAAAAUGUGGAAGAAGAAGAAGAUCAGUUUAUUCAAAAGCAAAAGUAUGCGCUAGCACUCUUAAGUCAUGUCAUGGAGAAACUAGAUGAGCUAGUUCGGUUGCCAGGAUAUCGUACUCGACUUAUAUUUGUCCAGAUUUGCAAAUCUUUACUAGAGGCGGGUAUUAGUCCUACAGACUUUGCAUCUUUCUUUUUGCCAAGAAUAGCAUUACUAGCCAAAGACCCUGUAGUUAAUGUACGAAUUGCCGUCUCCAAGGCAAUGCAAACAUUGUGUUCUAUAGAUGGCUACAAGCAAGAUUUAGAAGCAAUAGCAUACCUAGAUGAAGUCGCUUUAGAAGAAAACUCAAGUCCUUGUCAAAUGCUACAAGAUAUACUCCAUUAUUUAUCUACAGAUGAGGAUUCUGAUGUUCGCUUUUACAUCUCAGAGUUUGUGUCUGAGAAACUUGUUGAAGAUCUGCAAAUCACAUCAACAAGAGAAAAUGAUUGGGUGCAAACAGAAGCCACAAACAAGAAGCAGGCAGAGUUUGUCUCUUCUCCUCCAGAUAUACCUGCACAUCUGAUUUUACCAUCCGCUCAUUCUCAAGAAUAUUCUAAUAAUGACCCAAUGAUGACUGAUGCUGAAAAAACAAUAGAAUCAGUAGCUCUGUCGCCAAAAGAAGUGUUUGAUGCGCUUAGUGAGGAUUAUAUGGAUGAAACUGCAUCAGUAGAAUCACCGAUGGAAAUUGUGGAGGAUAAUGACAUUAACGAUACAAAAGAAGGGCAUUCUGUUAUGUUACAUAGUAAAAUGAAUGAUCAAGAAGUCUCUUCUUUCCCUCAAGAUAGUGUAUCUAUUGAAGAUCAUGAUUAUGAUGGAGACCUAAUUAUGAUAGGAGAAUAUGAUGCUACUUGUUCUGAGAAAGAAAGCACAGAAGUUAAAGAGAAGGCACAGCAUGUUUUCUUGUCCAAAAUUACAGCACAUGUUGUCAUAAGUAGUCCUCAAAGUACGCCAGCAAAAAUGGCCGUAUUAUCAUCUAAUGAAGCCUAACUAUUCAUAUUAUUUGACUAUAUAUUAUAUAUACUUUUACAUACCUCAUAUUUGUUUAUUAAUUCCUUAAUCUGCUAAAAAUAAAGUGCCU